AUGACAUGCGAAGCUACCCACGAAUCGAAGGCUUUUGUACAAACCACCAACAGCAUCGACAUCCCCAAAUAUAGCGGUGUCUGGGACUGGAUGCGUCCAGCAGAACCAUCAACGGACGGACAAGGCCGAGCCAACUACGGUGACUUGUGGUGUGAAGAGCCGGCCAUCUUCUCUCUCGAUGAAGAAUUGGACCAAGACCCAAGAAAAGAUGAGGCCGAAACGAUCCAAGAAGAGACUGCCGGCGAGAAACGCAAGACGGUCAUGACAUAUCGUAGCGGCGGCUACGGCGAUGGGGGAAACAAGGACAAGUUUACGUGCAAAACACUGAAUAUGGCCAAGACAAUGCAGCUUCGAAACACGCUACGACAACGAGCGGCGUUUGCGCAGGUGCUGAAGCAGUGCGGUCUGCGCACACAGCGGAUCUUGUUCACGCACAGCACGGGAUCUUUGCUUUUGACCACACCCAGCAAGUUGCGACAUGAGAUUUGCCUUUUCAUGGACGACGAAGACAUCAAAGAGGACAUCGAAGAGGAUAUUGAAUGUGCCGCAGCCGGAAGUGUGGACAAAGAGGAUGGGAAGAUGGAUGAUGGCCCUCUUGUCGACACCAGUGUCUCAGAGACGAUUCUCACGGCAGCCUCGCCCCCACCGUCGCGUCCUAUGAAUAUUGGCAUGUCUGAAAACACGAUCCUCAGGCCAGAUCAAGGACAAGCAUGCAAGAUUCUCCAACUCGUUGAUACAGCACGCACUACGAAUCUCGGCGGCGGCGAGCUGUCAUGUUUUACGUUGUCUCGCAUGGACAUUAUGGCCUGGGGCAGGAUUGACCCGUACUUUUCCACUGCCCCCAUAGAAUCUGACUUCGGUUCUGAAGCGGACAUCAUGCAGAUGGACCACAUCGACAAUGAGUUUGACACGGGCAUAUCCGGCAUCGGUAAUACUACGUACGAUUACAACGACCACGUAAGUGACACUAGUGUUUAUAUGGAAGACAUUUUGGCCGAGACGGAUCUUUCCAUUCAUAUUGAUACGAUGAUGUGUGAUGGCGAUGACGAGAACGACGAUGACGACGACGAUGACAACAGUUCGGUCUUUAUCACUCGCUUUCCCCCGCCCGAUGCAUUGAUGUCGUAUGGACGGGGCUACAACGUCGACGACGAAUCCGACACCAUGAGCGAUACGAGCGACGAUUCGUUGUUUUCGGACCUUUCCGACUCGUUCUCCCUGUUGCGGCUCGACAUCGAUAUAGAGAUCGUGGACGUCCCUACACCAUCGCCGCCAAUUCUCUCCAAAGCCUCGCGCGUGACCAAAGUGCGUGCACGGACGGGUGGAUGGUGGAACCGAGAUGCUUGCAAGACUCGUCGACAGCGGGCGCAGCACGGUACGGAACACAGGGGUCUGCUGAGAGCAUUCAAGUCCAAGUUGUUGGCGGAGACGAGCAAACCGUCCAUGAAGGACGCGCUUUUCAGGGUGGAGACCAGAAGCACAUCUGCAAAUAAGAAAAGUCCGAGGAGGAUGACGGGCCUCGCUUCGACAAUGAGGAUGCUGUCGCCAAGAAAGAUUAAACUUCCGAAAACGAUGGAGAGGGCGCUGGUAGGCUUGACCAUGGGACAAGGCCCUGCAGCGUCCAUCGACAAUGAAGUCAGUGACACAGUGAUGGGCGUGGUCCAUGAAAGCCAUCUAGGAUAUGGACGCACUUUGUAUGAGCACGACGUAACAGCGGCACGAUCGGAUGCAUUUUGA